UGCAGAGUGAGCAGGAACACACUUAGUGGAUACUUCCUGGCUGGCAGAGAUAUGGCUUGGUGGCCGAUUGGGGCAUCGCUAUUUGCCAGUAGCGAAGGCUCGGGACUGUUCAUUGGACUGGCUGGUACUGGGGCAGCUGGGGGAAUCGCCGUUGCCGGGUUCGAAUGGAAUGCCACCUAUGUGCUGCUGCUGAUGGCUUGGGUAUUUGUACCCGUCUACAUAUCCUCAGGGAUAGUGACCAUGCCUGAAUACCUGCAAAAACGAUUUGGAGGGGAAAGAAUUCGGAUGUAUCUGUCUGCCCUGUCACUGCUGCUGUCUGUCUUCACAAAGAUAUCUACAGAUCUGUACUCAGGGGCCCUGUUCGUGCAAGUCUGCCUCGGAUGGAACCUGUACCUCUCGACAGUUCUGAUGCUGGUUGUCACAGCUCUCUACACCAUCACAGGUGGUCUAGCCGCAGUUAUCUACACCGAUACACUUCAAGCAGUUGUCAUGAUUAUCGGAACAGUGAUACUGACCAUUACAGCUUUUAAUAAGAUUGGAGGGUACCACAACCUCGAGAGUGUAUACCUAAAGGCAGUUCCAAGAAAGAUUAUUGCCAACACGACUUGCCACCUCCCUAGGGCUGAUGCCAUGCACCUCUUCAGGGAUCCCGUUGGUGGAGACCUUCCCUGGACUGGCAUGACUUUUGGCUUGACCAUCCUGGCAACAUGGUACUGGUGCACAGAUCAGGUUAUUGUUCAACGAUCACUAGCGGCAAAGAAUCUGAGUCACGUCAAGGGUGGUGCCAUACUAGCAAGUUAUCUCAAGAUGCUGCCGAUGAUUUUCAUCGUAAUGCCUGGGAUGAUCAGUCGGGCUCUCUUUCCAGGUAACACAAUCCUAACAGAGCGGCACAGUGUAUCAGCUUCAAGGAGAGAUGCUGUUGCAUGCGUAGACCCCGAGGAAUGUUUGAAAGUGUGUGGCACCAAAGUGGGCUGUUCUAACAUCGCUUUCCCCAAGCUCGUGAUUGAACUCAUGCCCGAUGGUUUACGAGGACUAAUGAUUGCUGUUAUAAUGGCAGCUCUCAUGUCCUCCCUGACAUCUAUAUUCAACAGCAGCAGCACGCUGUUUACCAUGGACAUCUGGAGGAAGAUCAGGAAGGAUGCCAAUGAACGAGAACUACUCCUUGUGGGAAGGAUUGUGACUGUGAUACUGGUCGCAGUUAGCCUGAUCUGGAUCCCCAUUUUACAGAGUGCCAACAGUGGGCAACUCUUUGUUUACAUUCAGUCGGUUACCAGCUACUUAGCUCCUCCAGUUACCGCUGUCUUUCUCCUUGCUGUGUUUUGGAAAAGAGCAAAUGAGUGUGGUGCCUUCUGGGGACUGAUGGUUGGGUUGGCAAUCGGACUGGCGAGAAUGAUAAUGGAAUUUUCCUACCCACCGCCUCGCUGCGGUCUGUACGACCCAAGGCCGCCCAUCCUGAGGAAAGUUCACUACCUGCACUUUGCGGUCAUACUCUGCGCCCUGACUGCGCUCGUUGUCGUGGCAACCAGCCUGCUGACUGAUCCUCCCAAAGAGAGCCUGAAGGCAGGUGUUACAUGGUGGACUCUUCCACGCGACAGAAGGCAGCCAGACAUCUCCCUGCCAAAGACAUCUCCUGAAGGACAGGCCUGGGAGAGUGGAACAGAAGGUACAGUGGGGACGAUACGACAGAAGCGGUCGUGGACUGACCUCUGCUGCAGUACCAAGACAGAGGGAGACUGCGGCAACCAACAGCGCAACAACACCGACAUCCAUGAGAGCCCAUUCUGGUCACGGGUGUGUUGUAUAAACGCAAUUAUCCUCGUCUCCGUGAACAUCUUUCUGUACGCGUACUUCGCUUGAGUCAGCAAGUGGCGCGACAGUACAUCUAUAACAACCCUGAGUGUAUAUUUUGUCGCAUGUGAUUCCAGAAAACGUAUAAUCAGUGGAAUUUGUAGGUAAACUGGUUUCCAUUAUGUUUUCUAUCUCGUGGUUGAGUGAGAAAAGUAUUAGCUCCAUUUCAGACUUGAUUGAUGUAAUCUUCUCCAAUAUUCUCCAUGCUAUAUGUAUAUAUAUAUAAUGGUCCAAAAUCUGUGCCCACGUCUCACCCUGCCUUCUCCCAACCCUCUGCACGAAGAGAAGUGUUGAGAUGUGGGGAGAGUGGGGAGUGACAAUGCAUCUUUGAAACAUAGCAAGACAUUGGACUCCUUCCUAAAUGUCUCCUCCCUUAUCUCAGUGAUGGUUCACCGGUUUCUUCACUACCACGCUUUUCACUGCACACGUGGCAAUAAACUAAACUAAACUAAACGUGUACCAAGGUACAGUGAAAUACUUAUUUUGCAUUCAGCUCAACAAGACUAUCACCAUAGAUAAGCACAAUCCCCGGUUGGUACAGAAUGUACAUAACAGCCCACCGAGUCUAUAUGUAAGAGUUGCCCACUUGCCCCCAUUUCAACGUCCCAGCUGCAGCUGGCCACAAAGACCCGUCUCUAGAACUGUCGUCCCUCUCCUUGCUGGUCUUCUUCAGCGCUUGUUCCCCGGGCAGGUGCCUCCCGCAGCUGAACUUGGGGGUAAGACCCCCCCCCUCCCGGUUCUUCUCACCAGGCCCACAUUUGCUGCUGUCACCAACUCCCCCCACCACCUCUUUGAUUCUCUCCCUCCUGCGCUUAGAUGCCCACGUAAACCAACCUCUUCCACCCGUGCGAUGGCAGAAACUGGAAUAUGGAGCAAGAAAUGAACUGCUGGAGGAACUCAAUGGACCGAGGUCAAGCAGCAACUGUGCAGGCAAAGGGGUCAAUGGUCGACAAUUCCUUCCCCGCAGAUGCUGCUCGACCCAUUGAGUUCCUUUAGUUUAGUUUAGACAUACAGACCCUUCGGCCCACUGAGUCCGUGCCGACCAGCGAUCACCC